AUGGCACAGGGAAGCAGUCAUGGCCUUUCAUUUCUGACGGGGCCUCCGUUCUUUCGGCGAAAACUGUUCCCGCGCAGGAGGACUGUCUCUGCCUCGGUGCACCCUGAACACUACUGGGACUGUUUUAUUGCGGGGUGGGGGAGAGGCGCGUAG